ACGGGCGCUGAAGCUUUUUUAAUUAAUUUUUCGUAUUUAAACCUAAAAUUAAUGCAUAAAUCGUAGUUAAAAGUAGAGAAUAGUUGGUCAAAUUUGUGACGAAGUAUUGAUUUCGCAUGAAAAUCAAAGAAAAUUGAUAAAUUCCGAUAGUCUUGACAUUGUGUACAAUCUCGCCAAUACAAGAACGUUCAUGGAGUCACAAGUCCUCCUGCCUUUCCAGCGGUAAAAUAGUUACAAUUUUGAAUUUAAAAAACGAAAACUGAUAAAAACAUCGAAAAUGAAGCACAGAAACACAGACGAUAGCGAAAACGUUCCCCGAAAACGCCAAAGAACCAUCGAAGAUGCCGUACUUUGUGUCUUUUGCAACGUUUACGUGAAUCUCGCAGCGCACAUGAUGGAAUGUGACGCUUACCAAAAGGCACUUGAGGAGUACCAAGUAUUAACAAAGUCAAAAGCGGUCCACGGAGCGGCAAUUGACAAAGCGCUGCAAUGUCGCGUUAUGCUAAAACGUAAUUGCGAGACUCACCACGAACGCAGGAGACUCGUGAAAGAAUAUUUGGCACAAAGUAGACCAAAAUAUAUCAGUAUACCGAUUAGAUGUACGUUGCCCGCAUGCAGUCCGGAGCAAAAAGUUUGUGGCAUUCGCGGAAUCGAGCCAUUUGAGAAUCGAAUCACGGUUAAAAUCACAGAUGAGAAACGUCCUUUGGCUCAAGGGUCACGAUUGCAACAAGAUAUUCUGCGGCUUGCUUCAAAUUUCUUGGGCGGACCUUCUAGAAAGCCUCGCGAACGAAAAAUCCCUCCCUUAGUUGAAAUUGCGAAGGUAUCGAGGCCAAACACGAUCACACCUGUUGCGUCAGCCGAGAACGAAUCUCCGAAUAUUUCGAAAAAAGUUGUAGAAAAAUAUAUUGAACCAGCUCCAAAAGUUGUAAAAACAUCAAAAGUACCUUCAACGACAGCUCCUUUGAAGGAAAUUGUCCCAAUAGAACAAACAAAUGCUUCGACAAGUGCCUUAGUCCCAGUGAAUUCUUCAAAUCAACACGUAAAUGUCCUGCAGCUCAAUCAAGGACCCGUUACCGCAUCGCGAGUCAUCACGGAUACAAUUCAAAUCACAAUUUCGUACACCGCGCCAUCGUCAUCGCCGCCACUAAAUACUCUCCCAUACACGCCGAUUGCUCAAAUUACGGUGCCAACUGUUUCUAAUACGCUUCCACGUAGUAUGCCGAUGCUUCAUUCGCCGAUCCAAGCACAACCAGCGACUUUGGUGCAAAACACGAUGAUACCGGCCGUUGUUACGAUGCCUGUAACGCAACAAAUUCCACAACAAGUUGCCGUAAAUACUCAAUCUUCUUAUAUUGGCACCGUAAGUCAAUAUCCUCCAGCCAUUAUUCAAAAGCAACAACAACAACAACUAAUUCCGCAGCAGAAUCAAAUUCAGCAACCUAAUAACCGAGUUGUACAAGCCAGGGCAACAUAUGUUCCGCAAGCGAUAAUGAAUAAACCGUCAAAUCAAAAUCAAAUGAAUCAAAAUUACCAGCAAAAUGUUCAAUAUCAGACGCAAAAUCAGCAGCAAUAUCAAGCCCAAUAUCAACAGCCAGUGCAACAACAACAAAAUUAUUAUCGAAAUAUUCAAGAGGAGUUGAUUAACGACACGAUUCAAUCGAGUUUGAGUUCCCCAAAUUUGGCUAGACCGACAAAUGUGAAUAUGCAGCAGCAGCAACAGCAAAGACAGUAUCAACCGCAAAUGAUGGUAACUACGCAGCAAAGACAAGCGAUUUAUUCGCAACAGCAACAACAGCAGCCAAAUAUUCAGCAAGUUCAGCAACGGCGAAUGUCCCAACAGCAGCAAAUGGUUCAGAACCAACCAAGACAAAUGGCUUAUCCUCAACAACAGCAGCAGCAACAACAACAACAACAACAGCAGCAGCGACAAAAUUGGUCUUGGACUUAUAAUGCCCCAAAUCGUCCUCCGGUUAUCGUACAAAAAAGUGGCAACGUCAUGCCAAUGAUGAUUCUGAAGCAACAAAACACUCAAGCGCCAUCCAAUCGACAAAGCCCGAAUGAAAAUUACCAAAAUCUCCCAAACCAACAAAUCAAUGGUCAAUUCAACAUUCCAACAAAUAAUGCUCAAAUGACGCCAAAUAACGUAAACGUCCAACAAAACUCAAUUCAAAGAAAUCUCCUGCAAAAUCCUCAAUCGAAUACUGUCACAAAUGUGCCCGGCCUACUGCGAGUCAGAGACAUACAGGAACUCAACGCUUCAGUUACGAUGCCAAACGAUUUUCCGCUAAGCUACGAGCCAUCCAGUCAAAACAGCAUCCCACCCAGUCCGCCAUCCACGCCUUGCUUAGAAGACAAAUACCAAAUCAAAGUCAAUCGAAACGUUUUGGACGAACUCCAAGUGGGAUUGUUCCCCAAACAAUAUCCGGACACGUUCAUCAAGAUCGAAGAAACGACAGGCGAAGAACGAGAAUUCGCCAAAAGGUGUUUGUUAGAUCCUAGCUUUGUAAAUGGUAUUCGUAAGCAAUUUCGAUCUGAAGAAUGUGUAAGUCAAUUUAAGAACCAAAUAACGAAAUUAUUCGGUAGUGAAAUUCCCCAGCAAUAUUACCAUUUAUGGAGAUGCUAAUGAUUUUUUAUUGAUUAAAAAAUUAAUAAAGAAAUUGUGAAAGUAAUUCUGAAAUGUAGAUCUGAUAUUUAAAAAAUAAAUAAAAAAUAGGAAAAUGUUUAAUGUAAAUUCUUAAAUCAAAAUA